AUGAGGACAGGAGAGCUGCAGAGCAAUGAGCAGAAGCAAUGCUUGAAGGCCUACAUGCAGAGUGCUGGGCAGUCCUUCCUGGGCUCCAUUGGCAGAACAAGCCACAUGACCAAGGCCAAAGUCAGUCAAGAAGACUUGGGAUUCAAGUCGUCCUUGGGUCGGCCUGCUAUCCCAGCUUCGCUUUCUGUACCCUCCCCACCAGGCCAAGAUGGCCGUACCACUGUGGAGAUGAUUCCUCGCUCUGGAGGUACCAGGGGCACCCAGGCACCUCCACCGGAGCAGUGCAUCUCUGAGCGUGGCCGGCUGUACCAGGGGAACUUGGCUGUGACAACACUUGUCCCCUGCCUGGCCUGGAACAGCACGUCAGCCAGGGCCCUGAGCAAGUUCCAGGACUUGGAUCCAGAGGUGAAACUCGUGGAAAACUUCUGCCGCAACCCAGAUGGGGAUGAGGAGGGCGUGUGGUGCUACGUGGCGGGACAACCUGGCGACUUUGAGUACUGCAGCCUCAGCUACUGUGACGAGGCGCUGGGAGAGGAGAGCCCGGAGAGCCCGGAGAGCCCGGAGAGCCAGGCUGGGGAAUCCAUCAGAGGGCGCACCACCGACGCAGAGUACCACACCUUCUUCGAUGAGAAGACCUUCGGUUUGGGGGAAGCAGACUGUGGCCUGCGGCCUUUGUUCGAGAAGAAGUCGCUGGAAGACAAAACGGAAAAGAAGCUUCUUGAGUCUUACAUAGAGGAGUGCAUCGUGGAUGGUUGGGACGCUGAGAAGGGUAGCGCCCCUGGUGCGCAGGUGAUGCUUUUCCGGAAGACUCCCCAAGAGCUGUUGUGUGGGGCCAGCCUUAUCAGUGACCGAUGGGUUCUCACUGCUGCCCACUGCAUUCUGUACCCACCCUGGGACAAGAACUUUACUGAGAAUGACCUCCUGGUGCGCAUUGGCAAGCAUUCCCGAACCAGGUAUGAGGCCAACAUCGAAAAGAUCUCCAUGCUGGAAAAGAUCUUCAUCCACCCCAGAUACAACUGGCGGGAGAACCUGGACCGAGACAUCGCUCUGCUAAAGCUCAAGAAGCCUGUGACCUUCAGUGACUACAUUCACCCUGUGUGCCUGCCGGAUAAGCAGACAGCAUCCAGCUUGCUCCAGGCUGGGCAUAAAGGGCGGGUGACAGGCUGCAACCUCCGGGAGCCGUGGACAACCAGCAUCAGCGAGAUACAGCCCAGCGUCCUGCAGGCGGUGAACCUGCCCAUUGUAGAGUGGCCUGUGUGCAAAGCCUCUACCCAGAUACGCAUUUCUGACAACAUGUUCUGUGCUGGUUUCAAGGUGAAUGACACCAAUAGAGGAGAUGCUUGUGAAGGUGACAGUGGGGGACCUUUUGUCAUGAAAAACUUUAAUAAUAACCGCUGGUAUCAAAUGGGCAUUGCCUCAUGGGGUGAAGGCUGUGAUCGGUAUGGAAAAUAUGGCUUCUACACACACGUGUUCCGCCUGAAAAAAUGGAUACAGAAAGUCAUUGAUCGAUUUGGAUAGAUGGAUUGUAUGUGUGUGUGGGGGG